GCAUGCGCUUAAUCUUUCUUUCUAAAGAAAACGAGCAUAGUUUUGUGGCAGAGUUCAAGAAAUUAUUAAUUGAUUAUUUAAUUAUUAAUAAUUGCAGGCAGGAUUUAAAUUAAAAUAAUUGAUUAAUAAUCAACUGUCAAAAUGUUGUUAUUAAAAUUGAAUCAACGUUCAUUAUUAUCAGCUGAAAAAUUAGCUGUCAUGAUGAAUCAAUCAGCCGGAUUAAAAAAUUUUCCUCCACCACCUAAAAAAAGAGAUAUCGAAUAUCCUGAAAGAAUGAAACUAAAGAUAAUUGAAAAAGUGCCACAGUACCCACCAACUAUAAGACCAUUUAAAAUGCAAAAAAAAUUACGUCUAAUGAGAGGACCUGAACCCAUACAUACUUCUCUUAUUCAUAAACAAUACGGUAUUGUUGCAUUAAAAGGCGGGAGACUGAAGUACGAACAUUUUGAAAUGGCGCGUAUGACAUUUGCCAGACGAUUUAAGGAGUUUGAUAAAUUAUUCGCUAUCUGGAGAGUCGACGCGCCUUGGCAACCCAUCACCAAAAAAGGACAAGGUCAAAAAAUGGGAGGUGGUAAAGGACACAUUGAUCAUUACGCAACUCCAGUAAAAGCUGGGAGAAUAAUCCUCGAAGUUGGUGGUGAUGUUGAAUACUUUCAGAUUCAAAAAGUUAUGGAGAAUGUUGCGAUGAAGAUGCCAUUUGACGCCAAGGCUGUAACUUAUGAGAUGAUGGAGGAAGAGCGAAUCAAAGAGGAGACUCUUGAAGCGACGAAUUUAAAUCCUUGGACCUGGAAGUAUAUUAUCCAAAAUAAUUUAGGAGGUUGUCAUAAUUGGAUAAGUCCAUCUGAUAGAUUUUGGUUUAACAAACAUAUAUAAAUUAUUAUUGUUUUUUAACGUAUUAAAUAAAAAAUUGAUUUUCUUAGAA